GGUUCGGGGACGCAGGAUGAAAGCUGAGAAAUGACCGCAUCCGCAAAGACCCGGCGAGAGCAAUUCUUAAAAUGCGACCGGCAAUAUUGAUAAAAAUAAAACAAUAUUAUAGUUAUUUAGAGAAAAAAAGAAUAUGCUGUAAUAAAUGACCAGAUCCCCUCAAAAGGUAAUUUUCUUUCCGUUCAUGUUUCAUUUGCACGUCUUGUCCAGUUUAAGAACAGAGUGUUUCAUUCGAUUGUUCAGCCUUCACCACGCAAUAAUGAAAAAGCGUCAAGUCACGGUGUUUCUCCUGGCCUGUGUAACGAGGCAUCAUAUAAUUACGCAAAUGAAAACGAUUAUUCAUUUUUUUACCGUUCAUGAGUGAAACUGAAUCAUCUUCAAGGAAAUAAAGAUUUAUAUAUAGAGAAAUAUUUGUAGUUCGUGAUCUGUGCUGAAUUUGUCAUUACAGUAUUGAAGGAAACAUUCAGCUGAGAACUGAAGACACGUAGUGGUGUACAAAUAAAUACAAUACCAGUAAAACACAUGAAUGUUUCUUAGCAUUCUGCUGCCUGGAAGUGCGUGGAGUUUACCUUACGACAGUCUGGGCCGCUGCAUGCUUUUACCAUCAUAUAUAUCACCGUUAACGUUACUGUAUUCGGGUGUGGCCGGCAGUCUUUGUUAUACAGUCGAUUGUCGUACAAUUUAUAACAUCUUAGUAUCUUCUUGGUAGAGUUGCCGUUAAAACUUGUAUAUUUGCAAAAAUGAUCUUCUACCGUGUGGCCAAACCUUAAAAAUUUGCAAAAGCCCUCAUAAUCAGUUUGGUUCUGUAUUUAUGGUUCUUGUGUGGUGGUGAGAUGGUGCCGGGCUUGAGUAUUGUUUUAAACAGUGCUUGAGUUGGGGAUAAACAGGCGCGGGUACUCACCUUGUUACUCAGCACCAGGUGCCGGUACUCACCUUGUUACUCAGUACCAGAUGCCGGUACUCACCUUGUGACUCAGAACCAGAUGCCGGUACUCACCUUGAGACUCAGUACCAGCAGAUACUGAGGUGUUGGUACUCUGAAGAGAAUAACAAAGAGGUGCUGGUGCUGCGUGCUGUGGACAGAGAAUGAUGUCAUCCUCAGGGUUGGUCACCCCUAGUGACCCCCUCCUGGCCAGUCCAGGGGGGGGACUGGACCCAGCGUCCGAUGGAGCCUGGAGGGGAUCUGUGCCCAAGACCUCCAGCUUCCAGUCAUCCACCACCCGCCACCUUAGCCACCGCGCCAACAACUUCCAGAGACACCCCAAGCGGCGAAAGCUCAUCCGGCCAUCUCCGCCACCCCCCCCGAACACGCCAUGCCCCCUCGAGCAUUUGGACCUCAACGAGUUGCCUCCACGCCGUACCUUCCUGGAGCUUCUCUGCAAUGGCUGCAUCCUCUUUGGCAUCGAGUUCAGCUAUGCCAUGGAGACGGCAUACGUCACCCCAGUCCUGUUGCAGAUGGGCCUCCCUGACCAGUUUUACAGCCUGGUCUGGUUCAUCAGCCCCAUAUUAGGGUUUCUGGUCCAGCCUGUUCUUGGGGCCUGGAGUGACCGCUGCACAUCUCGCUUUGGCCGCCGACGGCCAUUCAUUCUAGUUUUGGCAAUAGGGGCCCUGAUUGGUUUAACCUUGGUGCUGAAUGGGCAGGACAUUGGAUCCGCAUGGGCUGACACAGCAGACAAUCACAAGUGGGGCAUCGUGCUGACCGUGUGUGGGGUGGUCCUGAUGGACUUCAGCGCUGAUUCUGCUGACAAUCCCAGCCACGCCUACAUGAUGGAUGUGUGCAGUCCUGAGGAUCAGGACCGUGGACUCAACAUACAUGCUCUCCUGGCAGGACUAGGUGGUGGUUUCGGGUACAUUGUUGGUGGAAUUAACUGGGACCAUACAGGGUUCGGGAGGUCUCUGGGAGGUCAGCUGAGGGUCAUCUACCUGUUCACUAGUGUGACCCUUGUUGUUGCCACGGCGAUGACCCUGACCAGCAUCACAGAGCGACCCCUGGCACAGACGCAGCCCACAAAGAAUGCCAGGAAUACCCUGAAAAGUCCCAACCUGCCCCUCCCUCCAUCACCUCCAGCUGCCCCUGGGGCAGGCAGGGAGGAAGACGAAGAGGAGGAAGGGGACAGGCAAGGAGACAGAUACCAAAGCUAUAUCCUGGGCCAGCCGGACCCCUUGGUUGGGUUACACCUUUGUGCCAGUCUCACCAGUCCCAUUUCCCCACUGAGCCCCCUCACUCCGAAGUACGGGAGCUUCAUCAGCCGUGACAGCUCUCUGACGGGCAUCAACGAGUUUGCGUCCUCUCUAGGGACGUCCUACAUCGACAGUGUCCUCAUCGAUUGCUACACGGGCCAGCAGACCCCACAGGUUCCGGAGUCGGGUGAGGCCGUGCGGGCACUGCCCCCCGGUGACACCCAACCCCUGCCUGGCCCGCCUCGGUGCGUGGCCCCGGGCAUCUUGAAGCGGCCCCAGAGCCUGGCAAUCCAGACAGACAGCUCGGCGGCCCCCAGUGCAACUACGGAGAAUGGAUGCCGACGAACUGUCACCUUCAGCCAGCAGGUGGCAAACAUACUCCUGGAUGGGAUGCGAUAUGACAGUGACCUGAGUGAGGCUACGGACACCACCGACACUCAACUCUCCAUGAAGCUGCUCUGUGUCGCCAUCUACAGGAUGCCUCCAUCGCUGCGCAGUCUCUGCACCAACCACUUCUUGGGCUGGCUCUCCUUCGAGGGAAUGCUGCUAUUCUACACGGACUUCAUGGGGGAGGCCGUGUUUGGGGGGGACCCCAAAGCCCCCCAAGGCUCUGAGGCCUACAGGCUGUACAACACUGGGGUCACCAUGGGCUGCUGGGGGAUGUGCAUCUAUGCAUUCAGUGCUGCUUUCUAUUCAGCCAUCUUGGAGAAGCUGGAGGAGCGGUUCUCGCUGAGAUCACUCUAUUUCUUUGCCUACCUGGCGUUCGGGCUCGGCACAGGCUUGGCCACGCUGUCUACCAACCUCUAUGUGGUGCUGUCCCUGUGCGUCACCUACGGUGUCCUUUUCUCGUCUCUCUGCACGCUGCCCUACUCGCUCCUAUGUGAAUACUAUCAGAGCCCACAGUUCUGUGGCUCAUCUGAGGAUGGAACUAGGCGUGGAAUGGGCGUGGACAUCUCCCUCCUCAGCUGUCAGUACUUCUUGGCCCAAAUCUUGGUUUCUGUGGCAAUAGGGCCCCUGACUUCACUGGUGGGCGGGGCCCAGGGCGCAAUGUACUUUGCAAGCGUGAUGGCAUUUGUGGGCUGUGCCUACUCCUCUUUGUGCGUUGUAUACCAGCUGCCCCCCUCUGAGAGCGAGGCCCCUCAGAGUGAGGUGCAGCCUCUGCUUGUGAACAUCUAAGGAUGCCUUCUUCUAGCUCAGCGCAUAUGUCAUUUCUGCGAUGAGCGGAAUAUGACCAGAAGGGUCACCAAGGGAUACUAGUUCACCAUUUUAAAGACAAGAUCAUUUAAAUCAUUUAGAGAUACCAUUUCAGAAUCUCCUGUGAAAUAUCUAUGGUGAUUUUAAGGAUGCCUUGCACGUAUUUAAAGAAACUGGAAAGGCAAUUGGAGAUAUGUUCACUCAAAAUGAUAAGAAGCUGUCUUGAAAUCACUUCCUGUCUAUUUAAAGAGAUCUGGACAUGACUUCUUGUCCAUCUCAAGGUGCCUUUAAAUGGACAAAGGUUUGUUUUAGGUAUCUUUCAUUCAGUUGUGGACAUUCUUUAAACAGUCGUACGAAGAUAUUUUGGGAGAAAAAAAAGGCAACGUCUCUAGGUAAUGGUGAGAUUUAUUGAAAUGCCUUUAAGGAUUUGUUGAUGGUUUAAUAAUGUCUCUGAACGACUAUCCACUAAUUGUACAUAGCCUCUUUUGGAAAGAGAGGACCAGCAGACAAACAUCUAUUUCUGUUUGUAUGUAUGUGUGUGCGCAAGUGUUUGCAUGUCUGCAAAAGGUGUGCGUGAAACUGUGACUAGACACUGUAUGCAUACAUAUUUUUGAUGAGUAUGCAUGCCUUAUGAGCGUCAAACAUCUGCAUCUACUCUCAUAUUCAGAUCUUUGUCUCUAGAGUCUGAUGUUUGUUGUCACUGUGAGAGGGUAAGUUGCGGGCAGCAUGUCCGUCCAUCUCCAGGUCCACAGUGUAAAAGCAAUAUUAAUAUUAUUAGUAUUAAAAAGGUUUCUAGGAAUUACAGAAUG